AUGGCUUUAAUCAAACUUUCAUCAAAGUUAGAGCAAGUACUAAUAUAUCUUCUAGGUGGACUAGGAGGUUCAGGUAUCAAUUUUGCUCGAUCACAUAGUCGCUAUUUGCGGAUCAUUGUUGACUCCCUUUUGAGUUCGAAUGAUGCUAUAAGCACCAAUACUAUUAACAAAUAUUUCGACAUCAUCUCAUCUGAUCCACAAGGUGUUAACGUCACAACACCUUCAUUCAUCUGCUUCCCCAAUGCGAUCCAGUAG